CACAAACUACAGCCCCACUCACUCAAUGCUGAGAGCAGAGACACAAACAACCAUAAUACUGACAUAGAUAUACAUAAAGACAAAGGAUUCAGUGGUAUAUACAAAGAAUAAGCCUGAGGACAUGCAUAAUAAACUGACCAAUGAAGAUGAUAAUGAACUCCAUCCUCCCCAUGGCUGCCCCAAAAUAAGGGACAAAGUUUCCAUGGUUAGAGACAUAAAUGGGCCCAGCAAUCAAAUUUACAGGCUGAGUGCAAUGAUCCUUGGGAUACUGUGUGCUGUGUUGAUGGCUGUCAUCAUAGGUCUGUGCAUCAGCUAUAAAGGGCUCAGCGAAAAGCACAUUUUUCUGUCACAGAAUUCAUCAGUGGCAAACAGCAACCUGAAGCAACUGUUAGGCAACUAUGACCUGCUGACUACAGUUCUGAUGAAGGUGCAGACAAGCUAUCAGGAAACUGUCAAUGCCAGAGACAGCAUGCAGAGAGAAAGAGACAGGGACAGGCAGGAGAAGGAACUUCUGCAAGAACACAAGAAGGACCUGAUGAACGAGCAAACUAAACUUCAGACACGUGUCACUGCACUAGAAAAGAACUGUGAACGUUGUCCAGCAGGAUGGGAGCUGCUGCACUCCUCCUGUUAUUUCUUCCCUCCAACUGAUGCUGGUCAAAAGCUAACAUGGCAACAGAGUCGUGAGGAGUGCAAGAAAUCUGGAGCUGACCUGGCAGAGAUAGACAGCCAAGAAAAGCAGGAGUUUAUCAGCAGAAUCUUAAACGGAAAGAGGAGACGCCCUGGACACACAUACACAUCAGGAUACUGGAUAGGACUGAGAGAUGUUGAAACGGAAGGAGUGUGGAAGUGGUUGAAUGGAACAGCGCUGACCCAAGGGUACUGGUUUGAUGGAGAGCCUAACGAUUCGGGUUCCGAAGACUGCGCUGCUACCUACCCUUAUGACAUCCCCUUAAAGACAUGGAAUGACGCCCCAUGUGACUUCGUAUUGAAAUGGAUAUGCGAGAUAAAGUUACAGGAGCCCUAGAUAUCAUCACACAGUGUGUACACAAAAGUAUAUUGGCCAUAGCUCUAUAUCUGAAGCAUUAAGAUAUUACAGCGUAGUCCCAAAAACCCAGGAUUUCAGACAGAAACUCCUUUACACAAUACACACAUCACACUGCUUUUAUGAUGAGUAAAAUAUGAAUGCUAUCAUUUAUUGAGAUAAUGAAUUCACUCACAAAAAAAAUAAAAAUUAAUCAAACAUCUGGCGCUCCAUGUAUUGAUCAGACAACUGAUAUGUUUAUUGUUGUGCACUGUCACUUUUAAAUAAAUAAAUCUGCAACAGAAAUCA